UAAAUGAGAGAGGCAGGCUCAGGGAGAGGAAGGAGGCAGAUCAGGCAACAGAAGAGGGAGAGAGAAACCUGCCAGCAAAUACAGACAAGUUGAUUUGAUGCCAUUGCUGUCUAACUUGAUGGCAAGUUAGCUGGAUACGGAGUGUAUACACACACACACACACACACACACACACUCACACACACACACUUUACACUUACACAUACACAGAAACUACUCGAAGUAAUGGACAGAGAUGGAAGGAAUGAGAAGUUUUUCUCCAGAAAGAGAAGUUUCACAUUUGGCGCUUAUGGAGGGGUUGACAGAUUCAUUGGUGAGAAUGAGUCCUGCAGUCCAGACUCCUUGGAACACAGUAUUGUGGAUGUCUUGGACUCAUCAUCCAGUGAGACCAAACCAGUUUUAGCAGCUACUUCAACACAGAAGGUGACAGAACUUUUUGAGAUCAUUGCAAAGCUACAGGGCAGCAGGCUGGAUGAACAGCGGUGUGAGUUUCCAACUUCUCUCAGGCUAUUGAGAAUAGGAGGUGCUCUACCACUCCUCUUGCCUCCCAAGUCUGGAGGUUACUGGGUUGACCCCCCCUUGCAGAGGUGUGUGGAGACCAGUCCCACGUGUUCCCAAAAUGCAUUUGGCCUGGAGAGCUACGACAUCAUGGAGAGGGACAGUGAGGCGAAGAUCUACCAGCAGUUUUUCAGGCAUAAAUACCAUCAUUCAUUCACUGCCUCAGACAGUUCCUUGGGACCCCUCGUCCUGUCCAUUUGUUUAGAGGAGGAAGAGAAGCGGCUCCGAGUCAUCUUGAGACUGAAAGAAUGUUCUCUACAUGGAACCUUCUCGGUAUCACUGUUCCCGCAGAUGCCCACAGCUGUGCAGUUGGCCAGGAUGCUUUGUGAGAAUGUGACCGUGUCCAGAUUUGAAACGGUCAGCUACCUGAAGGCCCCAGAACUCAUCGCUGCAUUUGAUGAGCACAGGCUGUCUCACAACUUCAAGUUUGGCAUCUUGUAUCAGAAGGAAGGGCAGCUGACGGAGGAGGAUAUUUUUAGUAACAACGUGGAGAGUGAGGAGUUUGUGGACUUCCUCUCGAUUCUCGGACAGACAGUGAAGCUGAGGGGAUUCACAGGAUUCCGAGGAGGCUUGGAUGUGUCUCAUGGGCAGACAGGAAGUGAGGCAGUUUUUACUUCCUUUCAUGGGAGGGAGAUCAUGUUCCACGUGGCCACCAAACUGCCAUUCACAAAUGGAGAUGUACAGCAGUUGCAGAGAAAGAGGCAUAUUGGGAAUGAUAUUGUCGCUCUGGUCUACCAGGAGGGCAACACCCCAUUCAUCCCAGAUGUGAUCAGCUCCCACUUCCUUCACUGUUUCAUCGCUGUGAGGAGGGUGAAGCGAGGCCCAGAGGGGGAGGGGGGAGACGGGGGGGCCUUCCAGGUAGCAGUCACUGCACGAGAGGACGUCCCACCCUUUGGCCCACCACUUCCAUCUCCACCUGUUUUCACUGAGGGCUCAGUUCUAAGAGAGUUCCUCUUGACCAAACUCAUCAAUGCAGAGAUCUCCUCCUAUAAGGCUGACAGGUUCAGCAGAUUAGAGCUGCGAACCCGUUCCUCACUCUUAGUGGGGUUGCAUUCUGAACUGUCCACCCGCUCUCAGUGCAUGCUGGGAGAGCCACCGUCAUCUUCUCUCUCCGUCAGCGAGGGGGGCAAGGGUGCCCCAGAGGGAGGUGGGGGUUUCAUAGAAAACUUCAAGAGAGCGAUCAGGGUCCGGAGUCACUCCUUUGACACCCUGGGAACACCAAAGAGGACUGGUGGUGCUGCGCUCACUAAGACUAAGGCUCUAUUGAACAACCUGGGCAGCAUUACAGAGACAUUGGCCUCUGAAGGUACUCAUCGAGCUUCGGCCUUUAACCUGUCGGAAGCUCAGAGGAGCUCAAAGACAGGGGCUGGGAACCCGUGGAUGCAGAUGAACACGUCAGAAAAGGACGUAGACAGUGAACCAAGCCAAAGUUCAACAGGAACUGGUCCUCAGCUCACCGACAGCCUCCUAUCUCCUGGGCAGACAAGCCCUCAAGAGGAAACAUAGAAGGGAAGCAAUGCCUUUGCCCAUGAAGAGUAUGGAUCGAUUUCUGUAGAGAUGCAUAAUCUGGAAGGGAGGCACUGGACUGAAAGGAUCUUAUGGAGGUGUAACAUGUUGGACCCUCUGUUUAUGUUUGAGUAACUGUCAGCUUUGUUUUUAGAAGCCUACCUACCUGCACUCUGUGAAUAACUUACUGUAUCAUCUUCCUGUAAACUGAAACCAAGGAAUGAAGUGCUUUUUGAGUACUGCUCAAGUGCAAUGUCACUUUAUAGUUAAAUGUUGCUGGUGAAUAUUAAAGCGGAUGAAGAUACAGCCAUGUAAGUCACGUUAUUGUAAUAAAGUAUAAAUAUAUGGCUAUUGUGUACCCUUUUUAAGUUAUACAAUUAGUAAAUCCAUAUUUGUAAAAUAUUGUUUGUAUAUGCAAUAGGCACACAUUAAAGGAACCGUAU